CCGCAGGUCUCUUGACUGGACGCGAUUGAAUUCAACCCAAUGUCCUCGGAUCGACGCCAGCACGAUCUUUUGUGAAUGAGGCUCGAUGAGGCCACCCAGAGCUAGGACCGGGUACUUCCAUUGCGGUGACACCUGGAGUCGGUGAUCGAUAAGAUGGAAGCUGCGAUCAGAUGGUCGCCGCACUCCACUCGGGACCAGCCACGAUUCUUGAUCAUCGAUGUCGCCGGUAACCGGCUUCGACUGUGCGAGAUCGAGAGCUUUGCUGGAUCAAAGGUCAACUAUCGACAAAUCUUGAUCCGCGAUAAGCUUCCAAAUUACACGGCCUUCGACUGGUCGAAGAAAGAUGCCGACGUGGUCGCCAUUGGCUCAGCAUCUGGAGAAGCACACAUUGUGCAACUGGACCCUACUAAGCCCGAGGGCGAUUUCCUCCAUGCUUUCCCCAUCAGACACCAGAGGAAGUGCAACUCGAUUGCCUUCAGUCACAAGAAUCUCCUCGCUACUGGUCUGGACAGGGUGAGGAAUGACGUCUGCUUGAACAUCUAUGAUAUGAACGAUGCGCGGUUCACGAGCAAAGACGAGCCAUACAAGAAGCUUGCAAGCUCAGAAGCCGUCUCUAGCAUCAAGUUCUUCGCUGGUCAGCCGGACACACUUCUUGCAGGUGUCCAGAGGCAGUACGUCCGGAUGUACGACCUUCGAGACUCUGGCACACAGGGUAUUGCCAACAUACAGACCAAGCAAGUACACAACAUCGCGAUAGAUCCACUUGACGAAAACUACUUCCUUUCAGCGGGGACUACGGGCGACCCUACUGUGACUGUAUGGGACCAACGGAUGGUAAAGCAGCGCAACGACAGUGUCGGUGCCGUCCUUGAGUUCAAGCCUAUCGUCGAUAACAGUCAGCCAGCAAGUAUCUGGAGUCUGAGAUACUCUGGUACUAAGCGGGGGACUUUCGGCGUCCUCGCGAAUACAGGCGAGUUCAAGAUCUUGGAGCUGGCCCAGCAUUCGCACCGUCUGGAGACCCUCAAGUCAACGACUGACACCGCCAUGGCCCGAGCCUGGUCUUCACCGCACUACACAAAGGUCUCGCACAAUCUGCGCCACCCAUGGCACAGCAAGGACUCUAUCCAAAAGCAGAAGGACCGAGUGAUGGCAUACGACUUCAUGGCCAACGGCAGUCCACUAGACGGGCAGUGCGCGUUAGCCCUGCACGCAAACAGGGAAGUGGAGGUGCUGAAGGUACCGCCGCCUGCGCCGCGUAUCAACGUGAGCGCUCUUGAAGAGAUAUACAAGGACCGCACUACUAUUGCUAGACCGAGGAGUCGUCAUGCCACAGUAGCAGAAGAGCUUACCGAAAUUCAGAACGAGGCCUUGAGCAGAAAGGGUGGCCUCGGUCCUGCAGAUUUGUCUGGAGGCUUCGACAAGCUCAGCAUGCGCGACCAACAAAGAUCCAACACACAGAUGCGCGAGGAAACCCUGAGACUGGCAUAUCCUGACGUCAAGGUACCACUCGCCGACUAUCUCGCGUUCCUGCAAGGCUCAAAACGACGUUGCCAGGAAGGUUACUCUCUCGGGUGUGCGCAAAACAAGGUUAUCGUAGCGAACGAUCCUUGGCUCGCAGACGUGUGGGACUUUGUUGAGCGGAUGGACACUCAUGCGUGGGGCGAUGGCAUGGUUGGCAACGGCCUUGAACUCAACUACCUCGGUGUCGAAUCCAUCUGGGCCAACGACCUGGAGAUGUAUGAUGACCGACGUAUCGACCCAGAUGCCAAGACAAGUCAUGAUAUGUUCCGGGACGCCGUGAAGGAGAUCGUGGAAGCCAAGGAUUUCCCGCCAUUCGAGGGGGUCGAUACCUCUUUACCCGAGAAUAGACAAUUAUGCUUAAGUCUGUGUGGAUGGCCGCUCGACAAGAAGGGUGUACAAGAUGGCUGCGAAAACCUGAUAGCAGAUGGCGAAGACCUGAAAGCUAUUGUCCUUGCGGUAUUCCAAGGCCACAAAGACAUUGCGUUAUCGCUACUACGCACCGCACUACAGCAGGGCAAGCUCCCUCUGGAUCACAUAGGGCUCGGUGCCGUCAUCGCCUGCGCCUCCCCUUCGUCAGGAGUCCCCGCCGAGCAGCGCGAAGCCUGCGCCUGGAUGGCCGACAUGACCACGAAUCCUUAUCUCAAAUCCCUCCUCACAUACUUCAUAACCGCCGACUGGACCGCCGUCGUAGACACCCCCUCCCUCGCGCUCCACGACCGCGUCGCCGUCGCCCUAAAAUACCUGCCCGACAACUCCCUCUCGCAAUUUCUCUCCAUGACAACCACAUCCCACAUCCGCAGCGGCUCCAUCUCCGGACUCCUGCUCACAGGUCUGACAACCCGCGCCCUCGACCUGCUCCAAGUGCACAUCGCCGCGCACCCCUCUGAGCUACAAACCGCCGUGCUCCUGCUCUCACGCGCGUGUCCGCUAUACAUCCAGGACCAGCGAUGGUACCUCUGGAAAGACAUUUACCUCGAGCAGAUGCAAGUCUGGCGCACCUUCCUGGAGCGGACGCGGUACACGAAGGAACACAACGCGCGCAGCGUGACGAGGGAGGGGAGUGCGAGGAAUAAGCCUACACAGCCUAGUAUCGCAAUAAGGUGCGCGCAGUGCCAGCAGAACCUUGCGUUGAGGAAGGAGCCAAGGGGUGUGAAGAGUAGACUUGUGCCUGUUACUGGCGCGCCGUAUCAUGCGCAGCAUUCGUCAAACCCCAAGUCUGCGCUCCUUCGUAACAAGCCGGGCGGAGGGAAGCACUCGACCUCGAGUCCGGCUCUCGCAUGUCCGAACUGCGGUGCGCAGAUGCCGAGGUGUGGGCUGUGUAUGAUGUGGCUGGGGAGUCCUGAUCCUGCGAAGCCUGGGGGUGCAGAGACGCUAAAGGGCGAGGAUUUGGAGAGCAGGCUGAUGGUGUUUUGUAUGAGCUGUACGCAUGGGUUUCAUGGCCAUCAUGCGCGGGAUUGGUUUGCGAGGCAUGCCAUGUGUCCCGUGCCGGAUUGUGGAUGCAUGUGUGGGCUACUGAAGUGAAGAGAGAACUUACACAACACGUUCAUACGAAUUGUACGAACGCUCGUGCUUUCGGCUUGCUAUCCGCGCAUUCAAUUCGUCACGAGAUAAGUGGAGUUCAGCAGACAGCUAAUGUGUGCGCGGAAGAACGAUACAAGACAUCAGUCUGUGCGACUUUCCGAAGUGAGGUUCCCAACAUCACGCUACCUGCUCUUAUUGCGGACCUGUGGAAAUGGACUGAAAUCCACAGUACCCGUUGCUGAAGUAGAAAUAGGUGUGCGUUUCGCCAAGUUGCAGCUGGAACACCAGGUUCGACUGGCGACAAAGUGUCAGCUUGC